AGGGUGGGGUGUGGGGGCGAGGCGGCGACGAGGGCGGCGACACUCUCCUCCCCUCAGCUCCACGGCGUGGGACGGCGCGAACGUGGUUUUGGAGGGAUGUCCGCCUUCUCUGAGGCGGCGCUGGAGAAGAAGCUGUCCGAGUUGAGCAACUCGCAGCAGAGCGUGCAGACCCUGUCCCUGUGGCUCAUCCACCAUCGCAAACACUCGCGGCCCAUCGUCACGGUGUGGGAGCGGGAGCUACGCAAAGCCAAACCCAACAGGAAGCUUACUUUUCUCUACUUGGCCAAUGAUGUCAUUCAAAACAGCAAAAGGAAGGGGCCAGAGUUCACAAAAGAUUUUGCACCAGUAAUAGUGGAGGCAUUCAAGCAUGUUUCAAGUGAAACUGAUGAAAGCUGUAAGAAGCACCUUGGGAGAGUGUUAUCCAUUUGGGAAGAGCGGUCUGUUUAUGAAAACGAUGUAUUAGAACAACUUAAGCACGCUCUGUAUGGAGAUAAGAAGACGAGGAAGAGGACUUAUGAGCAAAUAAAGGUGGAUGAGAAUGAAAAUUGUUCCUCUCUAGGGUCCCCAAGUGAACCACCACAGACUCUCGACCUUGUUAGAGCAUUACAAGAUUUAGAAAAUGCAGCCUCAGGUGAUGCAGCAGUCCAUCAAAGGAUAGCUUCUUUGCCUGUUGAAGUUCAAGAAGUGUCCCUGCUCGAGAAAAUAACAGAUAAAGAAUCUGGAGAAAGGCUUUCUAAGAUGGUGGAAGAUGCUUGUAUGCUGCUGGCAGAUUAUAACGGCAGACUGGCAGCAGAAAUAGACGACAGAAAGCAACUCACUCGGAUGUUAGCGGACUUUCUUCGUUGUCAAAAGGAAGCCCUUGCAGAGAAAGAACAUAAAUUGGAAGAAUACAAGCGCAAGUUAGCCCGAGUUUCCUUGGUACGAAAAGAACUCAGAGCCCGGAUCCAGAGCCUGCCAGAUUUAUCUCGUUUGCCCAAUGUCACUGGCAGUCACAUGCACCUGCCCUUUGCUGGGGACAUCUACAGUGAAGAUUGAUGGCCAGUCUCCUCCAGGGCCAGGACUUUGCCAGACAUGGAGACAGUAUCUAAUCACUGUACACUAUCUAAUUCCUAAUGAGAAGAACUGAUCAGGAGCUGAUGUGAGACUGUUUUUGGGAUCGUUAGGACUUGAUUAUAGAAGAGACUAAGUGUUUCAACUUCACCUUUACUCUUGCCACCAAAUACUGGUUCUGUGUGUCCUCAUGCCUUUUGAGUUUUAAUGCUAGACAUGGAUGCCAUGUGCAGGGUCAAAUUAAAGCCUAGAGAAUGUUUCCCCGGUAGCACUAUAGUAGUUCCAUCCCAAAUGCCAUCCCAGAAUAGGAGGCCUGUUAAAUAGAGUCCCUUGAUCACACUAUUUAGAACUAAGUGCAGUUAAUGCUUUGAGAAUGUUGCAAGUUCUGACACCUACCAAGAGGACAACUCCAGCUCUACAGCUGACUGCCUCUGUCAGGUCAGUCUUCUCUACAUCAGAUCCCUUUAACAAAACACCAGCCGUGGGGAGGAAAGAAAGGACGCAUCAGAUGGCGACAUGCUUAAUCCCUGUGAUGUAAUGUAAACAAUAGCUCUUAGCUUGAUUAGCUCAACAACUCAGUAUCCAUAAUGUCCAAUUAAGUUGCCCGGAACACUUUAUUUCCGUAAGGUUUUGAAUGACUGUAUAUUUUGGAAUUACGCAAUGCUGUACUACAGGGUAGAUGUGGUGAGUUUUAUAUUUGUAUGUUUACAGAUGUAAAUACACAGCAAAUGUACCUGUACCUUUACUUGAACCUGGUGUGGGAGAGCAGUUGCAUGCUCCUCUCCAGCUUUCUUCUAAGUUACAUUGUGAGCCUGCAGGUUUGUGUUUCAUAACGACAGAAGGGGGAUAUUUUUCUCCUUCAUUGCUUUGCAUUUCUCAUGUAAUCGGAGUCAAAGUAAAUAGUUAAUAGAACACUUUUUAAAUUUCACAGGCCAAUUAUACUCACUACUCUGAACGGCUUCACUCUUUCUUUCUCAGUAUUCGAGGUUAUAGUUGAAGUGAAUUUACAUGUGAAGAAAUGACAGUAGAUUUGGGAACAGUGCUUUAAACACUGACCUCUCUUCAAACAGAGUUACAUGUAUGGCAUCGCCCAUCCCCUGCAUGUCCUGUCUUCCCAGGAUUUAGACAACAUUUGGGAGUUAGGACACAUUUCCUCACAGAACUUAGAGCUGUUCUCUGUGCACACUGCUGAAGCUCAACGGGGAGCCAAACCCACCUGACCACGGAUACACUCAUAACAUGGGCAACGAGUGGCUCAAGCACGUCCUGAGCAGCAUUUGUCUGUCACAGGAAGGGGUCUGUGUGCAGCAGCAAGGGGCGUCUGCCAGUGCUGCUGUCCUUUCCUUAGGGGUAGGGGUGGAAGAAAAGAUGCAGCAGGAGGGUGCACGGAUGCUGCACAUGACACACCCUGACUAUGCCUGGUUUGAAAGUAUGCCAAGUAAGUUAGUUUUUGUUGUUGAUGUCUUUGAAAGCAAAAGCUUUGUGUGUUAACUUAUUUUCAGUAUCUUGAACUUAUUUAUGAUUUGCUGACACAGUGAUUUAUCCAUCUAAAAUAGAUACUUUUCCAUUUAAAACUAAUUUAUAAAUGGUAUACUCUUGGGAGGAUAUAAAAUCUUUUAGAAGUUUCCUGAAUAUUUUCACCAUGAAGACAGACUUAGAUACUCUUUUGAUGCCACUAUCUGAUCUAAAUAUUUAUGAUAAAUGUAUUAUUUUUUUAAAGAGCGUGAUGAGAUCUGUGAUAAAUGCUAGUACUCAAAACCCGAAUCCCCCAAACUUCAAGUUGUUGGUUAGCUCGCUACCUGAAUACUAACUGUACAGUUUGUUCUAGAAGUCAGGUUUUCAGCCUCAGGAGAUUGCCUUCCUUUCUAAAAGGAAGAUGAACUUAAUGGGCUUAAACUGGGCGUGGUGGUGCAUGCCUUUAAUCUCCGUACUUGGGAGGCAGAGGUAGGAAGAUCCCUGUGAGUUUAAGGCCAGUCUGUUCUGUAGAGUGAGAUCCAUGCCAUUAGUUACAUGGUGAGGCCCUGCAUUAAGAAAAAGAAAAAAAAAUGGGCUUAGGUGAGGGGUAUAAAAUACCAAACUCUAAAUCAUGCACAGUUUCUCUACCAUGUACCUGAGGUAAAUUACAGGUGUGAGAGCAACCUGGCCUGGCCCUCAAGGGAAAGCGUGUCAUUGUAGCAAGGUCCUGUGCUGUGAUUGGACACCAUUCCUCUUUUCUCCACAAACAGUGCAGAGAGCUGUCGGAGUGGCAAUGUGAGCAGAUUCCCCGGUGCUCCCUCUGCUCCUACAACACUACAGUAAGUAAAUGAACUAUAUGGGGAGCUGGGAGCCUGGAAAUGAGCUGUGCUCUAUAGCCAGCCUUCCCUGAGGAAAGCCACCCCACCUAGCUGUUGUGACAGCUGCUCACAGCAUUCUGAAUCAGGGUUUUCUCUAAGAAAUCCUUUAGCGUCAACAAAGUCUAGGAUGAUCCAGCCAUCAUGCUUGUCAGUUCAGAGAAUGUUGUCUGCUGCCACUGUCAUGAGUAGCUUCAUGGUGUGUGGCUCACGUACGGUCUGAGAAGUCUGGAGAGGACAGUGACUGGGAAGGUAGGAGGGCCUUCCUGAAUUCCCACUCUGACAUGGACAGGAUGUGAAGUAACGCAAAGUCCCACAGUGCUUUACUAGCUGUUAGGAGUUACUCGUAAAGAUGAGCCCUGCUUCUCAGUUGUGCCAGAAAAGGCUUUUAACAGUGUGAAUUCAGUUCUUCUCUGUACAGAAAGGGAACACUGGGUUACUCAAUGGAUUUGUUUAUACACAGCAUUCGUUGCCAUCGAGUCUCAGAUGGCAGGAGCACAUGAGAAGGGGAUUCUCCGUCUUUUAUAAACCCUUUUCUUUGGCUGUAUCUGAUGACAGUGUAAGAUCUUAAUAAAGUUUUGUGUUCUUUUUGAAGA